AUGUGGGCAAUUUCGGAAUUGAGUUCAAGGGUCGCCGGUUUUGGAGGUUUUGGGGGAAGGUGUGGCGGUCUUGUGGCGGCAGGAGGGGCUAGCUCCGACUUUUACCUUCGUCCUCCACCUAGUCGACUCGUCCAAAUUCUUACUAUUGAUUUUUUGAGACAAGAAUUGGAGCUUGGUACUAAAGUUAUGGAUGAUUUGGAUAUGCAUGACAUCGAAAACAAUUAUCUCGAUGAAGAAAAUCAUCAGUUCGGUUCUAAUGAUUCAGAGAUUCUUCAUAACGAGGAAAAUCAAUCAGAAACCCAAGUUAUGGAUGAUUUAGAUAUGAAUGACAUCGGAAAUGAUCAUUACAAUGAAGAAAAUCCUCAAUUCAGUUCUGGUGAUUCAGAGAUUAUGCAUAAUGAUGAAAAUCAAUUGGAAACCCAAGAUAAUUCUAAUACUGAUAUCGGUGAUUCUUAUAGAAUGAUGUUGCUGAUAAGUUCAUGCUACUGCAUAUUAUUCUUAUAG